AUACCACUUCUCCUUCUCUCUCUCUCUCUCUCUCUCUCUCUCUCUCUCUCUCUGUAUCAGGCUGCAGCAGGAGCUAGCUUGCUUUGAGCACCAUUGUUUAACUUCAGACACACACUACUCUCUCUUCAAUCAUGGAUGUUUUAGCUUUUGCAGCACUGCUUCUCUUAGCCAUGGCUGGCCAGUCAAGUGCCAAUUGGUGUGUUUGCAAAGAGGGAUUAGGUGACGCAGUCUGGCAGAAGACACUGGACUAUGCUUGUGGAGCUGGGGCUGACUGUAACCCCAUCCAUUCAAAUGGGGGUUGCUACAACCCCAACACUGUUAAAGCUCACUGCAACUACGCUGUUAACAGCUAUUUUCAGAAGAAGGGCCAAGCUCAAGGCUCUUGUGACUUUGCUGGCACAGCAAACCCUGUUACAUCUGAUCCCAGCAUAACUGGUUGUGUUUACCCCUCUAGCGCCAGCACUGCAGGCACUACUACAACUCCAGUAACAAAUACUCCAGGAACGCCAUCCACCGGCACCGGCACUGGCACUGGAACGCCAUCCACCGGCACUGGCACAGGCACCGGCACCGGUACCACAACCCCAACGACCUCCACCACUCCCACAACUGGUACUACAACGCCGACAACCACCACUCCGUACACUGCAACUCCUGGGGUAUUAGGAGGGAUUGGCACGGGCGUAGGGCCAUCAGGAGCUGGCAUCAACUCGGACGACAGCGGUGUGAUUAGACUUGUUGAUGCUAGUUUGUUUUCUUCUAUUCUAACCUUAUUCGUUUCAGGCUUGAUGCUUUGGUGGGGUUGAGAAAGAAAUUAGAGGGUGUGAGGUGGGGUAGGGGUGGAACAGAGAUGAUGCUGGAUUUCAAUAUGCAAGUAUGAUGCAUGUGAGUCUGCUGUUGAUUUGUAGGUGUUCAUCUUAGGGCCAGCCUUGCCAAGUUUUUGUCUUUUAUCUUCACCCUUCUAAGUUCUCUAUGUGGGAAAAAAAGCAGAUGGGCUUUUGAUUCCUUUUGGGUGGUAUUGCUUAGUGGGAGUGACUAUGGAAAAGCAUCUGUCUUUCUGUCUCCAACUUUUCUCUGUUUUUUGUACAUUAGAUCUAAUCUGGGUGUACUGCUAGCUAGCUAGUCUAUUAAUUUGAUGAGUAUUUGGCACCUAUUUUCCUAGUUGGUAUUGGAGAACCCUGUUUCAGUAUGGUUAUUUAUUUCUUCUUUUGCU